AAUGUUAUUGCUCCUACCACCCAGUCUCCAGCACCAGCACCAGCACAUCAGUCUAAGAAGCAUGGGAGUACUGAAGGCAGUCUUCAACCACAAGAUUGUGGUCCUCGUUGUGCGGAGAGAUGUUCAAAGACACAGUACAAGAAACCAUGUUUGUUCUUCUGCCAGAAGUGUUGUGCCAAGUGUUUGUGUGUUCCUCCUGGAACCUAUGGCAACAAGGAGGUAUGCCCCUGCUACAACAACUGGAAGACCAAAAGGGGAGGACCCAAAUGCCCUUGAAUCUUCAAACUCUCACAAUCUUACAUUUCUUUCCAUCUAUCUUAAAACCAAGUCAUCUGUAUACACAGCCUAUGUAUUUCAAUCCAUAUUGCAAAUGGACCUUCAAAUCAUAUAAGAAAUACCAAAAUACUCGUAAAACAUGCAACUUCAUUUACACUUGUAACACCUUCGAAUCAUGGAUCUCAUAAGAGAGAACGAUGAAUAAAGUUUUCAAAGUCAUACGUUUAAGAACAUAAUUUUAAGAAAGAUGGAUUAUAAGAAA